UUUUCGUCCAGCACACAGCAGCCGGUCUCGACACGCACGGACGCUCCGCUCCGGAGCAGUGCUCAGGCUAGUGACGAUCUGCCCGGGGGAGAGAGGGGAUGCCCCGGCAGGCAGCACCAGUAACAGACCGCUGGGAGAACAUGAGCGGAUGUCAUGUUUGGACGGAGCGCACUCACAGAGGGAACCAAGACGUGGCGACGGGAGCGCGAAGGAUGUGCGCGUUUCUCUCAUAAUCGUAUGAAGCUGAUUAUGUUUUGAGUGAACUUGACUCGCGGAGUUUUGCCUCAAACAGAAACUCUUAGUCGUCGUUGAGUCGAACCGCAGAUGGAGUCGGAGGAGGGAAAGAUCUCCGUGUGGGUCUGCCGGGAGGAGAAGCUUGUCUCCGGGCUCACGAAGCGCACCACCUGCGCCGACGUGGUCAGAGUCCUGCUGGAAGACCAGAACUUGCAGCAGGGCGCCUCGGCAGCAAUGCUGUCCGGCUCCCCGCAGUCCUACUGCGUGGUAGAGAAAUGGAGGGGCUUCGAGAGGAUUUUGCCCAACAAGACCAAAGUCCUCCGGCUGUGGGGCGCCUGGGGGGACGAGCAGGAGAACGUGCGCUUCGUCCUGGUGAAAAACGAGGCUUCGCUGCCCAACAACGGGCCACGCAGCGCCGAGGCCCGGGUGGUCCAAAGCCGGGAGAGCGGCAGCCCAGGCGGCGGGCUGAAGGGCACCGCCAGGACCUGCUGGACCGCCGCGGCCACAGCCGCCAACCUGUCCCAGGAGAAACAGAGGCGGAUUGUCAGAAAGGCUUUCAGGAAGUUGGAUAAGAUGAACAAAAAAAAAGAGCAGACUGUUUCUAAAGAUAAGGGCUCCGCAGAGAAGAUGGAGACGCUGGUUCACCUGGUGAUCUCCCAGGACCACACCAUCCGCCAGCAGCUCCAGAGGAUCAAGGAGCUGGACCGGGAGAUCGAGCGGUACGAGGCCAAAGUGCACUUCGACCGCAUCAAGAGACACGGGGUGAACUAUGUGCAGGACACAUACAUGGUGGACUCCUUCUCCUCCUCCUCCUCUUCGGAGACUCCCGCUCCCUCGGACUGUAAGCGGCAGGACGCGCGGCCCACGGCGGAGGCGGUCGCGCAGUUCCAGGACUACGCGCGCCGCUGCGAGGAGGUGGUGCGGCUGCAGGAGGAGCUGACGGAGCGCGAAGCGCUCGUGGAGUGCAUCACCGGAGAGAUCCAAGAGGAGCUCAACCGGCGAUGGAUGAAGAGGCGACGCAGCGAGAGGGAGGCGGACGCAGCGAAGGACGCCGGUGGAAUCACGGAGGAGAUGCGUGCGGCUGUGACUUCCGCCGCCCCAGCUGCAGGGCCAGAUGUGGAGAGCUUUUCCGAAGACGAGUUCACGCUGGAAGAGGAGAGGAUCAAAACGCAGCUGGACACCAGUCUCUACAUCGGCCUACGGCUGAAGACGGACAUGGACGCCAUCAGGGGUGACCUGGACCUGAGCAUGGCCCUCUGGGAGACCAGAGAGAGUGAACUUCUGGACCUUCUGGCCAAAGUGGAGACCAUGGAGAUUGAGCAGGCGGACAGCACCCUGAAAGGCGAGGGCGGGGGAGAGCCAGGCCCGGCGGGUGCCGAGGCCAAGCUGGCGUCCGCGGAUAAGAGCAGCGUCUGGGCGAACCAGGCCAGGAGUCUAUCCAAGGCCUGCAACACCAAUGACGACGACUCGGACACGGGCUUGAGCUCCAUGCACAGCCAGGACUCCGACAACCCGCCCGUGUGUGAGUCGCUGGUGUAGACACGUGCUUGUUUGCGUGCAUGUUGGACCAUUUAUGCAACCGAAAGGUCACAAACUCAGGGGCAGAGAGAGUCAGAGUUACACCAGGGAAAUUGUUCCUCCCUCCUCACAAUGCACCUCAGCAUGGAUACCAUAGCAAUAAUUCAUGUUUUUAGUUGCACAAUAAGCUAGGUGGGGACGGCAUGCUUAGAGGUCUUAUCGGCUGAGCUGCUCCGUCGCUGCCCUUUGACCUCCGCAAGGAGAGUACCACUUCUUAAGAGAAACAGCCCUAGAGGAGUGAUCUGAUAUGUCACUUGGAAUGUGAGGUCUGCAGUGUUGUCAAACAGUAAACAACAGCUUGCUUUUUGUUAGGAUACAGUGUGACUUUCUGCUGAAGCUGCUGAAAGAUAAUAAAGCUGAGCGCUGUACUAUGUGCACAGAGAGGUUCCCUUCAUCAAGAACACCACCUGCACGCUUAAGUGCUCUUUUUGGUCAGCAACAAAAAACAGAGAUUCUCUGCAGCCUCUUUACAAUCGGAUUCAGUGCCUGUCAGAUACCAGAAGUACUGAUCAAAUUUUUGAUCUGUUUCUGUGGAUUGGAGCGGUAACACUGAUGCGUAUCCUGCUGGCUAAGCAGAGUACAUGGCUUGAUAUUGUCAUCAUUAUGAGUAGUGUCUGUCUUUAAAGCACUAAAAUGUCUUAUUUAUUUAAUAUCUAGAGGUGAGUCAUCUCCUACAUGAUUUGAUACUACUUUUUUGAUACCCUUUUGUUGUCGCAGCUCCUGUUUGGCGGAUUCAUAGGGCUUACUCAACCGUAAACAGGGAGCACAAAAGGAAAGCUUUGCGCUAACAGGAAGUUCAAUAACAGGAAUUACUACAUCAGGUGGUGCGAGUGAUUGUGUGAGAAAAAUGCAGCCGGCCCAUUCCAUAUCUGUGGUUUGACAGUCUUACACUUCCAGUUAAAUCCUUGUUCUUUAAUAAUACAUGUAUUUAACAGUAUAUGGGGGAGCCAGGAAUUCAAAAACCAUUGAACGUAAUGUGUUUUUCAGUGACCUGCGGUGAGUAAGAGGGCAGGCACUGAGUCAGGGGGGGGCAAAAUGAAAAUGUAAUCUUCGUCAAAGUUGAUAGACGUAAGAGGACUCAGACGCACCGUGGCUGCAUCGCAUCUCCACUCUGCACAUUGUCUCUCAUGACUGUUAAUGUUGAAAUAAAGAGCAAAAAGACCCUUUU